AUGCACGGAUCAUUGGCUCGGUCGGCGGCAAGAGCUCUGUGGGCGCGGAGUCGCUGCCCCGCAUCCCUUGCCACAUCUUUGCAACACCGUGGAGCUUUUGGUGCUUCCCCAAGUGCCUUGGCGGCCUUAUCAAACCUAUCGAGCAGCCGUCGCUUCAGCACCGUGCGAGGGGAUGUCGUCGGGAUCGAUCUGGGAACGACAAACAGCUGUGUUGCUGUGAUGGAGGGCACCAAGCCAAAGGUUUUGGAGAAUUUGGAAGGCAUGCGAACAACUCCGUCCGUGGUUGCGUUCACGAAGGACGGGCAAAAGCUCGUUGGGGUUGUUGCGAAGCGGCAAGCCGUCACGAAUCCAGAAAACACCUUCUUCAGUACAAAGCGCCUAAUCGGGAGACGGUUCGACGAACCGGCCAUCACUAAGGAGAGGGGAAUAUUACCCUACAAGGUCGUGAGGGCUGAUAACGGUGACGCUUGGGUAGAAGCAUGGGGAAAACGCUACUCGCCUUCCCAGGUGGGCGCCUUCAUUUUAAUGAAAAUGAAGGAGACUGCAGAGGCCUAUUUGAGCCGUGAACUCCGUCAGGCAGUCAUUACCGUUCCCGCGUACUUCAAUGAUUCUCAGCGUCAGGCAACGAAAGACGCUGGGAAAAUCGCCGGCUUGGAGGUUCUUCGGAUAAUCAACGAGCCAACUGCCGCAGCCCUUGCAUAUGGCAUGGAGAAGGAGGACGGGAAGACGAUUGCGGUUUACGACUUGGGAGGCGGAACCUUUGAUGUGUCAAUUCUUGAGAUUCUUGGGGGCGUCUUUGAAGUGAAGGCGACCAAUGGAAAUACAAGCUUGGGAGGCGAGGACUUUGACCAGAAGGUCUUGCAGUUUCUCGUGAGCGAGUUCAAGAAGAAGGAAGGCAUUGAUCUGAGUAAGGACCGGCUUGCGUUGCAGCGUUUGAGGGAAGCGGCAGAGGACGCCAAGAUUGAGCUGUCUUCAAAGCUUUCGACGGAGAUCAACCUGCCGUUCAUUACUGCCGACCAGUCAGGCCCCAAGCAUCUGCAGGUUUCGCUUUCACGGGCGCAACUCGAAGAGAUGGUUAGCGGCUUGUUGCAACAGAGCGUGGAGCCUUGCGAGAAGUGUAUCAAGGAUGCUGGUGUGAAGAAGGCGGAUCUGAGCGAUGUUAUUCUGGUCGGGGGUAUGACCCGCAUGCCCAAAGUGGGGGAAGUCGUUCGCAACAUCUUUGGAAGAGAACCUUCAAAGGGCGUGAACCCCGAUGAAGCAGUCGCCACUGGAGCCGCCAUUCAGGCAGGAGUGCUGAAGGGGGAGAUCAAGGAUCUUCUGCUGCUCGAUGUUUGCCCGCUUUCCCUGGGCAUCGAGACCCUGGGAGGUGUGUUCACGCGACUCAUCAACCGCAAUACCACAAUACCAACCAAAAAGAGCCAAGUCUUUUCUACAGCGGCCGACAAUCAGACGCAGGUGGGCAUCAAAGUUUACCAAGGAGAACGCGAGAUGGCGGCUGCAAACAAGCUGCUCGGACAGUUCGACUUGGUUGGCAUUCCCCCUGCCCCUCGUGGCAUUCCUCAGAUCGAGGUGACCUUCGACGUCGACGCCAACGGUAUUAUGAACAUCAGCGCCGUGGACAAGAGCACUGGAAAGAGACAGCAAAUCACCAUCCAGAGCAGUGGUGGACUCAGCGAAGAGCAGAUAAACCAAAUGGUGCAGGAUGCAGAGAAAUUCAAGGCCGAGGACGAAAGGCAAAAAGAAGCUAUCGCCGUAAAGAAUGAAGCAGAGACGCUGGUGUACUCUGUACAAAAGCAGAUGAAUGAUCUAAAGGAUAAGAUUUCUCCGGAGGAUCGGUCAGAGCUCGAGUCUCGGAUUACCAAGGUUCGCUCUGCACUAACGGAUACAGACACUGAGGCCCUCCGCGCUGAAGUGAAGUCGCUGCAGGAACUCUCGUGGAAGGUGUCGCAACAGGCCUAUAGCCAGGGAAGCGCUUCCUCCAGCGACGCUGAUAGCAGCACUGGCAGCACCGAUGACAGCAGUCGCAGCAGCGACAGCAGCAGCAACAAAUCUUAAGACAGCACCCUUGACCACUUAGAUGCUGUGUUGCCUUCUUGA